UAGAUUAUAGAUUUACAAGUACCUAAUUGUUAUUUGUUUUCUUCAUUCUCCAAACUACAAGUUCAUCACUUCAUCAGACCAUCAGUCGAAAGCCGAAUACAUUAAUAUUUUAAACGAGUUUAAGCCAGCUGUUUGUUAAUAAUGGCUUACUUAGUUCCUAAUUUAUGUAGAUGCAUCUGUACUCGUAACCGAGCGGUGCAUAUUGUGCAAAUUGCGUCAUAUCAUGCUAAUGUUAUUGAUCACUAUGAAAAUCCUCGCAAUGUGGGCUCCAUGGAUAAAAAAGACAAAAAUGUUGGGACUGGGUUAGUUGGAGCUCCAGCUUGCGGCGAUGUUAUGAAGUUACAAAUAAAGGUUGAUGAGAAUGGAAAAAUUAUUGAUGCAAAAUUUAAGACUUUUGGUUGCGGAUCGGCCAUAGCGUCUAGUUCUCUUGCGACUGAAUGGGUUAAAGGCAAAACAGUUGAUGAGGCACUUAAAUUGAAAAACACUGAUAUUGCAAAGGAGUUGUCACUGCCCCCAGUCAAGCUUCAUUGUUCUAUGCUUGCUGAGGAUGCCAUUAAGGCUGCUCUUUCAGAUUAUAGAAUCAAGCAAAAUGGAGCAAAUGAGAAAUAAAUAAUAUAGACCAAAGGAUGUAAUGGAACAGAUCUGUGAUUGGCUCAAUAGUCGCGAAGGAUAUAGAAUUGGUAGUAUUAGAUAAUAUUAUAUUUCAUCACUUUUCUUUAAUUACUUAGCUAUAUAUUAUCUCAGGUUGUAGAAAUAUGUUUAUUCUAAAAUUGUAGCACAUUAAGAUUGUGAAUUGUUGUUAAAUAUCUUUCUUUUAAAUAGAAUACAAUAUGGUAUCAUAAUAA